GAGCCCCGCGGUCGCCGAGUUCCCGUUUCUGGUCCCUCGGGCGGUGCGGGAACGGCAGCCCUGCACGGGCGGAGGCUCCGGCCGCAGCCGCUCGAGGGCUCCUCGCCCUGACGGUGAACGGCUGAGGGCCGCGCGCCUGCCGGCCCGUUUCUCACCUCCUGCAUCCUCGGGAUGCGAUUCCGCCCAGUUGGAGCCUUGACGUCGCUGCCAAAUAACGGGACGGCCUCAGUUGGACUCAUUCCAUCCUUGUCGAACAGAAAUGCCUGGGCGUGGAUAUUUGGAUAUUAGGGACACCACAGCUGUUCUGGAAUGGAGAUUUCGUCCCACCAGUUUCACCUCCUGCAGCAGCUCAAUGAGCAGCGCAGACAGGACUUGUUCUGCGACUGCAGCAUCCUGGUGGAGGGGAAGGUGUUCAAAGCACACCGAAAUGUGCUGUUUGCCAGCAGCGGGUACUUCAAGAUGCUCCUUUCGCAGAGCUCCAAGGAAAUGACUCAGCCCACCACAGCCACUUUCCAGGCAUUUUCUCCUGACACUUUUACCGUUAUUCUGGAUUUUGUGUAUUCGGGCAAACUGUCUCUCACCGGUCAGAACGUCAUCGAAGUGAUGUCGGCCGCCAGCUACCUGCAGAUGACCGAUGUCAUCAGUGUGUGCAAAACGUUCAUUAAGUCGUCGCUGGACAUCAGUGAGAAGGAGAAGGAUCGCUACUUCAGCCUUUCAGACAAGGAGGCGAAUUCCAACGGCGGGGAGCAGCCGUGUCCCUAUGGCGCGGGCUGGAGGGCAGAAAGCCCCCCGCAUUCGCACUCGAAUCCAGACCAAGGGACGUGUGUGAGGGGAAACGCCUGGAGCAAUUUCAGCUACUAUCCAGCUCAAAGGAACGCGCAGCAGCAGCCGUCCAAACACGAGCAAAGGCAGGAUUCCACAAAGAAAUCCCGGCACCUGGGACUGCAGCAGCCUGCUGACAUUCCUCACUAUAAAGCAAGCAAACUCGAGGACCGGGCUGCUGAGCCUGCGGGCCACAUUUCUCAAUCUGAGGACCAGGUCCAGAUGGAGCCAGAAGUGGAAUCUCCUCACGUGGGUUAUCCGUAUGGCCAGGGCUCUGAUGUGCUCCCCAGGAGUUUGGCUGUGCCGCAGCAGGAGCGCGACUCGCCCCGACCUUCCAGCAAAUCCAGGUCUCCCAAAGCAGACGAGCAGUACCCCAGCAUGCCCUCCAUUGUAGGUGUGAUGGGCGGCUGGGCUGAAGAUGAUCUGCCCAGGAUGAGGUUCAAGUGCCCGUUCUGCACUCACAUGGUGAAAAGAAAGGCCGACCUGAAGCGUCACCUGCGGUGCCACACAGGAGAGCGGCCGUACCCGUGUGAGGCGUGCGGGAAGAGGUUCAGCAGGCUGGAUCACCUCAGCAGCCACUUCCGCACCAUUCAUCAGGCUUGCAAGCUCAUCUGCAGGAAGUGUAAACGCCACGUGACUGAGCUGACGGGGCAGGUGGUGCAGGAGGGCACGAGGCGCUACAGGCUCUGCAAUGAGUGCCUGGCUGAGGCCGGCAUCGACAGCAUUCGCAUUGACUUGGAGGCUGAAGCACCCCUUGAAUUUCCUCCAGAUGGGGACAAGGAUUCCAGGUGGCACUAUGGGGAAGACAACAAAUCUGAUGUGGAGAUCGUGGAGGAUGGCUCAUCCGAUCUGGUCAUCCAGCAAGUUGAUGACAGUGAGGAUGAAGCAGAGGAGAAGGAAGUAAAACCAAAUAUUAGGUAGUUGUGAGACAGACAUCGGCGCAUGGAGCUCCUCUUGCGUGGGAAUCCUGUCUUGCCCAGCGGCCCUCCACCAGCCUGUCAUCUACAAAGACCUCUUGGUUUCUCUUGGACAGGCCCAGAUUUGCAUGUGUUCAUGGACAUGUCAUUGAGUCCGUCCUGAGUUUCGCUAUCAACAUUCCCAUACUUUGCUCAUUAGAAAUAAUCCACCCUUGGGUGGAGCAGCGGCUGAACACAGAAGCUGAAGUACUGCAAGGAUAAGUUUUACAGCAGGCAGUGAGUCUCUUCUCAGAACCUCUUUCGAAGAGGUAAGGUCUGAAUACUCAAAAAAGUUGCACACCGAUGUAAAUUACUCUUCAGCGUUCAGAAAUAAAGAUAAUUUUCCAUGAAA